AGCGCUAGGAAGGUGCAGGUGGGCAGAGCAGGAUGAUGGAGGCGGUGGACGUGCCACCCGAGGGCUACUCCCUGAUCAAAGCCGUGUACCAGCGGCGCCUGCGCCUGACCCGGCUGCUGAUCGACGGCGGGGCCUACGUCAACGAGAGCAACAGCCGGGGCGAGACCCCGCUCAUGAUCGCCUGCAUGACCAAACACAGCGACCUGCAGAGCGCCAGCAAGGCCAAGAUGGUGAAGUACCUGCUGGACAACAAGGCUGACCCCAACAUCCAGGACAAGUCCGGCAAGACGGCCUUGAUGCACGCCUGCCUGGAGAAAGCAGGCCCUGAAGUGGUGUCCCUGCUGCUGCUGAGCGGGGCUGACCCCAGCCUGCCAGACCACUCCAACUGCUCUGCUCUGGUGUACGCCAUCAACGCUGCAGACAGGGACACCCUGGAGCUGCUGCUCAAGGCCUGCAAGGCGCGAGGGAAGGAAGUGAUCAUCAUCACCACAGACAAGUCCGCAUCAGGGAGGCAGAAAACAAAGCAGUACCUGAACGUGCCUCCUCCAGACCUCGAGGAAUGCGCUUCCCCAGCUGACUGCACCUCCCCAUCGGAAAUAGAAGCGAACGAGGGUCCAGAAGACCCAUUCAGCUACAAAGAGCUGUAUGGUGGACAGCAGGGGGACAACUCAUCUGAAAGAGUGCCACUGAUGACCAAAUCCAGCUCAACACCAGCACGGUUCAAGCUGACACAGGUGCUGCAGUGUGAUCCCUGGCUAAAGUGCUGUCCAGCAGUGUUUCAGCAGAGGAAAAUCACUUCUUCUCAAGAACUUCAGGGUAUCAGUCCCACAGAAGAGCUCUCCUGUAAAGUGACUGGCCUUGACUUAUGCAGGAGUGUCACCACCAGUCAUGGAAGUAGAGACAGGAAGGACACCGCUCAGGUACUGAAAACCUCUGAUCAAACCAUGUCAAGGAAAGCAUUACGCGAUGCAAUAAACUAUCAGACUCCUUUUGUUGAAGAGAAGCAUAACCCCAGUGAGAUUCCCAUGGGCAUGGAUGCCAGUUUGGGACAAAUCAGCUUACUUUCAAACCUUGGCAGUAUUAUCAAGAAAGGAAGCGGAGAAUCGAAUUACAACAUCUCCAGUUCUCAGUUAACUAACAGUUUAAUCCCUCUUGAUACAAAAGGCAGUAAGUCACCAAAAGGAAAUCAAGAGAUUCUUUCUACCUACCAGACUUUGUUACCAAGCCCGAGAAGAGGUCUGGAGAGGAUGUCUCCUGUUUCUCCAAGAGGCAGAAAUCAGGCUCCUCUAGAGGAAGAGGGUGCAGGAGCCUUAGCGCUGGAUCAGACAAGGCCGGCUUCAGGUUUUCUGCCACCACUGAAUGUGAACUCCCGCCCCCCUGUCCCAGAGCUCACUGUCAUAAACACAGUUUCUGGAAUGAUUUCUUAUGGACAAACUCACUUAGUACCACCAGGAUCUGCGUUCCCCAAAGGGACCAAAGAUACCAAUCUGCUGCGGAGGAAGCCAUAUGAGCAGAUUACUGUCUGAGCAGAUUCAGCAGUUACUGAAUCUUUAACAGGAGAGCAAAGGGGAUCUUUAUGAUAUGUAAAUAUUCACUGCAGUCUUUGACUGUAAUGGUAUGUAUCACAAAAUAGAGCAGGUCUGUGAUGUAAAGUAGUGUCUGCCUCAGGAUGACUGGAAUAGCUCAGAAACUAAGUGAGAAUACUUACCUAGUGGGGCUGUCUUCUGCAAAGUAAGGAGCGUUUAUUUUGCUGGUUUUGUAAAGUUUCCAACUUGCCUGUGUCAGACUGAACCCACGAUGGUCCUUAAGCCUUGUAGUUCUCAUUGUAGGUUGUAAAUACUACCCCUCCUAGAUUUCCCCAAACACGCACACCCUUUCAGCACCCAGAGAGGUGGAGCACGUGGAAUUCGGGAACCUGAGGCAUUUGACUGCGAUGCUGGACAUCAGACUGCCUCUGUCCAGGUUGUACAUACGCAGAAACCCCGGAGACAUCAGCGUGCAGUGGGGUGGGUGGCAGCAGGCGCACACCGGCAGCGUCUACUGCCCUCAGCAGCCUCACUGCCAGCGAGCAGACAGCUCCGAGUUG